UCUGAAGUGUGCCGUCCUGGAGUUUCGACCCUGAGAAUAGGUACUGCGGCCAACUGCCACUCUGCCAGCUCCAAGCGCUCGUUCGCCCCAUCUCCGUUUCGAUCCUAAAUUCCCCGAUCCCACAUCCGUUCGCCGUCCUCCCGCUCCGGCGCGCACCCUCCUUCACCGCCGCGCCGCUGUAGGAAGGCAGGGCCCUCUGCCCGUCUCACCUUCGUCCGUCGUCCGGGGGCUCCCGCCGGUGGUUGGGCGGGCAGCGCCCACAUUUACCGGUGCAGGAAGGUGGGAGUCAUCCUAGGCGGCGGCAAUGUCGCGCCUCAGGCUGCGCUCUUUCUCCACCUCCGCCUCCUCACGUGCCAACGAGCUGCUGAGCCUACUCCACCAUCAUCUGGGCUCUGGGACGCUUUGGCCGGACCUCGCGCACCAACUGUUCGACGAAUUGCUGUGCCAGCCUGUGUCGGUAUCAGAGCGCGCAAUCAACGGCUUAUUUGCCGCCCUAGCGCGAGCGCCGCCCUCUAUGGCGUGCCCUGAUGCCCCUGGCCUCGCCAUUGCUCUCUUCAGUCGCAUGGCCCGAACACGCCGCUGCGGGAUGACGAUAUCCACCAAUCACACCUACAGCAUACUGAUUGACUGCUGCUGCCGGGCACAUCGCCCGGACCUGGGCCCCGCCUUCUUUGGCUGCCUCCUCAAGACAGGCAUCACGGCAGAUGUCAUCACCUUCGGCAACCUAUUCAAGUGUCUCUGUGACAUGAAGCAGACGGACGAAGCUCUGGACGUGCUGCUCCACAAGGUGCCUGACGACCUGCCUGACGUCAAGGCCUACUCGAUAAUUCUCAAGAGCUUCUGCAACAACGGGAGGAGCCAGUGUGCCCUUGAGCUGCUCCGGAUGAUGGACAAAAAAGGAGCUAACCACUCUCCCAACGUGGUUUCAUACAACACCAUAAUCGAUGGCUUCUUUAAGGAGGGUGAAGUAAACAAAGCAUGUGACCUAUUUCAUGAAAUCAUACAGCAAGGACUUAAGCCUACUGUGGUGACGUAUAGCUCCUAUAUCGAUGCACUCUGCAAAGCAAGAGCAAUGGACAAGGCAGAGGUGAUCCUUCGACAAAUGGUUAUUAAUGGUGUUCAGCCAGAUACUGUGACAUAUAGUAGCCUGAUCCGUGGAUAUUCCACUUCAGGCCAGUUGAAAGAGGUCGUUAGGUUGUUGAAACUAAUGACUAGUCAAGGUGUUCUACCGGACGUUGUUAUCUGCAAUGAUCUCAUGGCCCACCUUUGCCAGCAUGGAAGAGUCAAAGAAGCUGCAGAAAUUUUCCAUUCCAUGGCUUUGAAGGGCCGAAAGCGUAAUGUCUUCUCAUACGCUAUUAUGCUCCAUGGGUACGCUACACAAGGAUUCCUUGUUGAUAUGAUUGAUCUCUGUGAGCUGAUGGUAGGAGAUGGAGUUGUACCCAAUGUCCAUGUUUACCAUAUUCUAAUUGAUGCAUUUGCUAAGCGCGGAAGGAUGGAUGUGGCUAUGCUUUUCUUUCAAGACAUGUUGAUGCAUGGAGUGAAACCUGAUGAAGUCAUAUAUUUAACUGUCAUAGCUGCGUUUUGCAGAAUGGGCAGGAUGGAUGAUGCUACGGACAAAUUCAAUGAGAUGAUUGAUAUGGGAGUACCACAUGACACCACUGUUUACACGUGCAUGAUUGAGGGUUAUCUUAAGCAUGGUGAUCCCAUGAAAGCCAAGGAAUUGAUUGCCGAAAUGAAGAACAAGAAUAUUCGUCAUAGGUCGCAGAAGGGUAGCUGAAGAACGCAAAACACAGCUAUGACAGUUAAAUAUGUGCUGGUGAGAGGCAUGGUCAUAAUAUAUUUACUUUUACUACAAUGAUCGACAGAUAUUGCUUAGUCACCGAGAUGGAGAAAGAAUCAAAGCACUUGAAGCUGUGGUAUUGCAACAAUUGUUAAUGGCUGUUGUAAAAAUGGAAGGAUCGAUGAUGGAUUGAUUCUCCUUGGAGAAAUGUUAGGCAAGGGAGUCAAACUUACAGCUUAUGUAUCUUGCAUCAUACUGGACUUAUUACAGUUCCCAGAUGGUGAAUUUGUCGCUGCAUUAUCUGAAUUAUUGUUCCUGCAAAAUGCUUACACUGUUUUAUGUGAUAUUAUAACCGGCACAUUGACUCA